GAACGGUGGAAAUUAUUAUUUUUGGAUUUAGUCUUAAAGUACAAUUAUGUACAACAGACUGACUCCAGUGUGAUUACAUUUAAGUGUACAGUUAAUGUGACUACCCGAUAAAACCAGCAAUUCGUUUGUCGUUCAGUACGCCUGCGCACACCGAGCAGCAUAUCAAGCCGCCCUUCCUCCCCGCCAACUAGCACCGCAGGGUCGGGCGGACAUCGACUCAUAACAACCCCGAGUGGAUUUACGUGUCAAAUUAAAUAUUUUUCAAGUCAAAAUGGAGAGCCCACAACGUGUUGUAACCGAUACCCCCCUCCUGCUGCCAUCUCUACGCCUCUUCAUACCUCCAUUGCGCCUGGUGUCUGCGGCAAUGUGGCAGGUCGUCCAGCAGGGAGACGUGCAGGACUAUGGGAUGGUGGAGGAGUUCAUCAGCACAGUUACUGAAAUUGUGCCUGAGCUUUUAAAUGCAGACCACAAAGCUCAACUCCUGUUAGGUCUUAGAGCACGAGUGGUCCUUGAAUUGUGUCGAGCUGACCAGAUAACAGACAUGGAAACUAUUGAGAUGCACCUGGAGCGGAUCAAACAUCUUGUAUCCACUUGGGCAGCACAGCCAUGUUUUGCAGAGGUUGAGUUCCCAGAAUCCAACUUUGUUGAUCAAAUUGAGUUGUUGUUAAAAGAUCCUGAAGAGAAAGAGAAGUUCUUCCAGGAUGUUUUUCCUACCGAUUUUGGACCUGAAUAUGAUGGCGCUCUACAGGUGCUAAUGAUGGAUUUUUUAUCCAGACUGGAGAAGCUCCUUCCAGUACCAGACAUUCAGCAGACUGCAUCCAUGCUGAGUGCUGUCCCAUCUGCUCUAGAAGAAUGUGUGCACUCUGUUCCUGACCCCCAGCACUUGAAAACUGUCCUCCUGUACCACACAACACUAGGGCAUUUGGAUUUAUCAGAUGACACUCAGACCAUUCCAUCCUCCUUUGGAAACUGCAUCCUUUCCUCCUUGUCUCUCCCUCAACUGGAGAAAGUUGUAAUAGAUGCAGACCAAAUACAGCUACAGCCUCCCUCACAUCAGAUGGAAGGCUGCAUGACUGUACAGGUAGAGGGGCAAACUGUGACGCUGUUGGACUACAUUCAGAUUGAACAGCCUUCAGGUUUAGAUGAACCUGAUGAUCAGGAUGAAUCUGUAAAUGAUGAGGAAACUGUGGAUGAUAAGCUAGAUGAGGGAGAAGAUGUCAAUGACACUUUAAAACCAGCUGCUUUUCAGCCCCUGAAACAAAGCAAAAGGCUGCAGUUAAAGAAAAACGACAGUUCACCGACGGGUAAGAGACAAAGAAAGAAAUAUCCUAAUAACAAGACAUGUCCUGUCUGCAACAAGACUUUCCUGCGGGCUGCAGCUAUGAGACGACACCUUGAAAUUCAUUCUGAAAAUCGGGAUCUCAAGUACAAGUGCGACAACUGUGACAAACGAUUCAGGGACCAGUAUGACAUGAACCGGCACAAUAUGCGUGUUCAUGAAAAGGAAGAGAUGAAUAGCCCCCCUAAAACAGAGGAUUCACAUGAUCCUAGCACUUCAGAAAACAAAAAUUGCAUUCUGUGUGGGAAAUAUUUUGCCCGUUGUGUAGACAUGGAGCGACACAUGAAGUCUCACUCUGAGGACCGCCCAUAUAAAUGUCCUUUCUGUGAAAAGAAAUUUAAGAAUCCUUAUGUUUUAAAGCGACAUCAGAGUAAAAUAUGCAAAUGCAGAGAGUUGAAAAAACCUGCCAUUGCUUCUAAGAAGAGAGAGAUGCAACGUUCGAAUCCACAGCCACCUUGUGAGGGAUCGGCAGAAGGCAAAAUCUGUCCCAUCUGCAGCAGGAUCCUGCCAUGCACUGCAGAUAUUGCCAAGCAUUUAAGAUCACACACUGAGGAGCGUCCAUUUAUUUGUGUCACUUGUGAAAAGGGUUUUAAAUACAAGGAUACUUUAAAAAAGCAUCAGAUCAUUCAUGGUCACGAGGGGAUCCGGGAAGAAGAAACCAAGACAGUGGAACAGAUUUUGGCGGAGGCUGACAUUCUAAAUUGUGCCGAUGCCAGCAACCUUGAUCAAAAAGAAAAUAAUCCUGAGGCACCUGCUGAGGCUCCUCAGGAGCCCUGCUCUGCCUCUCCGCCAAAAGUAAGUAAAAAAGCACUUAAAGUAUGUCCUGUAUGUUCUAGGGCAUUUGAUAGUGUAAAAACUUUCAACAGACACAUACAGUGUCACACAGAGGAUCGGCCAUACCAUUGUGUCCAUUGUAAGAAGCGUUUUAAACAUAUGCAUGGACUAAAGAGACACCAAAUUUAUGCCAUUUGUCAUAAGAAAAUAGCACGAUUCUCCUGGAAGAAAGAGCCCAGAGCAGGGACCAGUCAAGCAGAUGGUACCAGUGCUGACUCUCAACAGGGCCAACCAUUCAAGAUACCUGUGUGGUGCUCAAACUGUGGAAAACACUUUGAGUACUUGUCUGCUUUGAAGGAGCAUCAGGAAAACGUGUGUAAAGUGGAAGUGAGGGAGAUUAUGAAAUGUGAUGACUGUGGGAAAGAAUUCAAGAGCAUGACAAUGCUCAAAGUACAUCAGAGGAUUCACGAUCCACUUUACUGCAAAGAAUGUGGAAAGAUUCUUGCAAAUGAAGCUGCUUUUGAGCGGCACAAGCUAAUGCACAGACCAAUGCAGUGCACCAUGUGUGAUAAAACAUUCACCUUACUGAGACGUUUGAGGGAACACUACGAAAAGCAGCACAACUUUACAGGACCAUACCCUUGUUCUCAAUGUGACAAAACCUUUAUGCAGCUGUCCUACUUGGCCAUUCAUGGAAGAAUCCACAAAGGGGAGUUUCCUUACAUGUGUAAUAUGUGCCCAGAGAAGUUCAGGUCAUCCAACUGUCUGACGGUGCAUCAAAGGAAACACACCGGGGAGAAGCCCUUUUUGUGUUGGCAGUGUGGGAAGUGCUACCGCUCGGCCUCAGAGCUCACAGUGCACAUGGGAACUCACUCUGAGGAGAGACCCUGGGCAUGCACACAGUGUGACAUGGCUUACCGUACAAAGCUACAGCUGACAAACCAUGUUGAACAAGUCCACAUCGGCGUCAGGUAUCCCUGCAACAGCUGUGGAAAGCAGUUCAUGAAGGAGACGUCUCUGAAGAGGCAUGAGCUCAUCCACACAGGUGAGAGGCCGCACCAGUGCACCGUCUGUGGAAAGACCUUCCUGACUGCCAACGAGCUGAGACUUCAUAACAGAUACCACACCGGGGAGCGCCCCUACAAAUGUGAAGUGUGUGGAAAAGCGUUCAUCCAGUCGGGAUAUCUGAAGUCACACAUGCGUAUUCAUACAGGAGAGAAGCCAUUUAAAUGUGAUGUAUGUGAUAAAGGCUUCAGGUUGUCCUAUCAUAUGAAGAAACACAGACGGACACACAGUGGAAAGCCAAAGACCUAUAUGUGUGAGGAGUGUGGGAUAGCAUUCCUCCAAAAAAAGUCCCUUUGGGAACACUCACUUACUCACAAUGUGAAAAUGGAACCAACAUUCACUGAUGAAGUGAGAAUAGAAUUUCAGUGAAAUCCUUGUGUAUUAAUUCAGGUGGUUUUCUUUAAAUUAUUUUCAGGAUAAGUUUCCGCGUUGUCUAAAUCCUUCCCAGUACUUAAUUUGCUGUUUAACUUGAUUUUGGCCAAUGUGUACAUUGGUAUUUGUUUUCUCUUAUUGUGUUUCUCUGCUAUUUCUGUUGAAGGAAUAUUGCUUAUGCUUUGCAGCAUGUAAAUACUCAUAUAAUUAUAUAGGAAUUCAGGUUUUCUUUUUUCCCCCUUUUUUUUUUUUUUUUUUUAAAUAAAUGAACUGAUGUCAUUUCUGGAUGUAUUUUUGGUUGUCAUUUUAAUGUAAUAUUACAUAAUGAGACUAAAUGCAAAAUGUUACAUUGCAGUUAUUUUAUACUGCAGAUGCAAAGAGUAACUGUGAGAAAAGUGAUGUUUGCAUGAUGUGGUUUAUACUGUGAUUUUUUUUUUUUUUUUUUUGCCAUAGGUAGAGCUGCACAGUUAAUGAAAUUCCAUUGUCACUAAUAGACAGCAUUUUUAAGGUCCACUGUGUGUAUGGUCAUUUGGAUGUAAUGACAGAGCAGAGAAGUACUGUGUAAAAUAUGCAAAGUUAAAGGCACUCCUUUUUUUUUUUUUUGAAAAGUUUUGUAUUUUUAUAGGGAUGUAAGAAAUCAAACUGAAAUAAACAUUU